AUGAACGAGAAAUUUCCGGAAUUGUUGGUCGACUUCCAAAAGCCAUUCCUGAAGAACAAAGUGCCGACCAUGGAGUUUCCUUACGUCCAGCACGCAGGCAAGCCAGAAGCCAGUGCUCUGCCGCAUGGAUACAUUCCAGAAAGCUGGUACCAUGAAACACCUGGAAAAGUAAAGGUUAUCUGGCACCCUCAGUUCCCAAUUCUUGGUGACCAAGACACGUUUACAGAUGCAAAUGGACCCCACAAAACAGGAGGGGCAGUGAACAUCCCUUUGCGGCCAGGGACUGCAGCUCUUACGGGACCUUUCACGGUUAUCCAACAGUGGCUCAAAAAGCAUAUACCAGAUUUGCAGCUGCCUGUAAACCUUGACAGUAUGCCUGUCGAAGAUCGCAUUUCGCUCUUCAGCAAAAUCAUCAUUGAAGUGGAGGGUGGCGAGCAGAUUAGACUAAUUGAUGUUAUCAGGCCCCUUAUCCACACACCUAAUUGGAAGACAUUGGACCCUACUGAACUCCAACUACCCUAUCAUCUCUUGACCCUACCAAUUAAGAAUAUGUUCGUAGAGGGUAGCCUGGAGUUCGUUGUUUCCACGCCUGAGGGAGGCCAAGAAGCCCACAAUGUUCCGGUCCGUCCUGGAGAGUCUUGGGGUGCAGCUUCAGACAGUUUCUUCCACAGAUACCGGCAAUUCGACAGGGAAAAGACAAGCCUUUCAUUGUUUGACGAUAACGGAAACCCGAUUACAGUGCGGCCGGAUUCUCCGGUUUACGUAGGAGUUAAAGAAGCAGUGGAACAGCUGCGUAAGAUGCGGAGCGCACAUGUUGAUGAAGUACAACGUUUUAUGGAGCAAACUUUGAGAGGAGCAGACCUCGUUCGUCCCGUCAAGCUCCGUGAUCUGCUUGCAAUUAUAAGGAAAUAUAUAGCCGCGUCUCGGCCUGAUGUGCUGACACAGUUGAACCUGCCCGAUGUGGCUACUUCGCAAGCUGAGAUUGCAAAACUCAAGGGACAAGUUGAGAGCUUGAGGGCCAAGCCAGGUAAAACAGCUGAAGACUACGAUUUGAUUCAGGCGAUCAGGCGAAAAAUAAAAAUGAUUCUGGCGAAGGAAACAAAGUGGGCGAUACCAGCAUCCCUCACAUUCUUCUACGUUAAAGAAAAGGGAGUCGAGAGAGACUUGACAGUACCCAUACGAAAUCCUGAGUUAAAACUUUCCGACGAAUUUUGGAAAGUAUAUCACUUGGCCACUCGCCAGUCACCAGAAGCUGCAGUGAUGGACUUUGCCAACGUCUACGAGAUUACAUUCCGAGUGCUGGGCAUGGAAGAACGACGGGAGGAAAGAAAACGCAUGAAGCACAAAGCAAAAGCUGAAAAGAAGGCAGAAAAAGCGGCUGCCCAAGUCAAGGUGAAUGUCAAGGUUGUAUUUGACGUUGAAAACGAAGAGUCAUCUUCCGACACCGGCGUCAAUGUCGAUUUACCAGCAGACUUUGCCACAGGAUUGACGAUUGGAGGGAAACGCAGUGUCGUAUCUCAGCUUUCAAAACUAUAUGCCAUACCUAAAUCCUUCUUCACAUUUGAAGGAUACCCGCGUGUUGUUGUGGACGCAACCAAGGGAGGGCUGCCUGCACUUAAAGUUGCGCUUCAAGUAGUUUGCUCGCGUAGCGAUGGGUCCAUUGGCGUCACCCCCGCUGAACUUGCUCGCGUACUAACUGCACGUGGUGGCUAUGGAGAAAAUGACUUGGUUUUCCUUCUCACCACUUCAGGCGAGAAGCUGCGAAUAUCGAUUGAAAACCUUCGCCAGAUUUCUCCUGAAAAAGCGCGGAUGAUCAUGUUUGGAUGGAAGCGUACGGUGGAGGAUAUUAAAGCGGAGGGUGAAGCAAAACUGAAGGAAAAGGCCGAAGCUGCAGCGGGAGAAGUGGCUGAUCCUUCACAUUGGAGGAGCUUGUUGGGCCCGUGGUUGUCACGUAUGAGGGGAUUUGGUCCUUUGAGCGACACAAAAAUCCAACUCAUUGUUCGCAACGAAACGGAGGAAAAUCCUUCCAACAGGAAAAGCAGGUGCCAAGUUUCCACAUUCGGAGAUCUCCUUGAAUACAUAAACAACAUGGAAAAGCUCCUCAAGAUCUGUCCCGGGCUUCAGAGAGCAAUGACCAAUAGGCGACCAUUUCAAUUCGAACUUGGGAUCAAAUCUCCGCCACCUUCAGGUUUCCGUCUGUGGAACCGUGCGCACGGAGACCCAGAGAAGAACAGACGAUACCUGGAACGUCUUGCUGUUGUAUUUGCGAACGUGCACGAUGACAAAAAUAUAAGGUGGAAGUUUGCCAAGCAUGAAGGAAGGAUGACACCAGACCAUAUCCGCCAGAUACGAACCCUUUUACAGAGUGACAGACCUCGAAAUGCUGCCCUUGUUCGGGAAAUUUUGUCGAUACUUGGUGUUCCGGCUGAUGAGGUCGCCAGGCUUACUGGCAGGCUAAAUAUCACAGUUCUACAUGAACCAACUGAUCAGGACAAGGUGCUACUGCUGGACAUUGCCAGGGCCAACGGAGCUAGGGUGUUUCGCAACAUCUCUGCCCAUGGAAAUCCUCAAACACCUCUAAAUGUAGAAUUGCCCAAUGGCGAGUACUCCUUAACAUAUAGCUUGUACAGCCCUAACCAACAAAUAAGUGGUAAACCUUGCAGCAUCCGCACAGCAGAUGACUUUAAGGCCACAACGUGGGAAAAAGUUCUUCAAUGGUGCAACUUGAAGUUCCAAGAUCUGCGCGGUUUGGCGUCUCCGUUUGUCUGGAUUGAAGGCAGCCAGACGGCAAUGUAUCCUCCAUCUCAACCGGGUACACCAGUCGUUUCCUUCCAAAAUGACCUGCCACUUGGCUACACGUUUAGGCGACCUGGCUCGCCAAUUUCUGGCAUCCUCCCAAGCGAUAUCUAUUUUAACCUAGUUCAACAGCCUGGAAUUAAUGUACCUGGAUCCACGUUUGUUCAAAGAGUACCGACUCCAUCCGGUAGCAUUAACACUAAUAUCAAUUACUUCGGCACCGAGCCGGAGCGCUGGGGCACAAGAAUUGAUCCUGGCACAGCAAUGCCACCCCGAGGCACAACUGGAGAAUUCAACUUUUACCCUGAUCUAGAACAAGAAGAAACUGGGAAGGCAUUUACUAAUCCGAUUCAUCAGACUGUUGGGAUCCCGGGUUUCUCUCGCAUGCCAGAUUUACAUAAUAGCUUUGAUCUUGUCUUCAACCUGAGUAAACCGCCUUCACCAACCGGCGAACUCGUAUAUGUUCAAGCCCCAGCAGGCAAUGGAAGAUACUUCUACUGUCAUGGAAUUACUCUUCAACAGUUCCUUAACUUGAAGAACAAGGAGGAAGCUGCUAAGCUGUGUGGAAUCCCUAUUGACUUAUUGGACGGAGAUAUUUUGGUUUCCACAUUCAGCCCGGUCAUUCUUAUUGACCGAUUGCAAACGCCUCACUACUAUACCGCUCACUGGGAUGAGAAACCCAUGAAAUACAUAGAGCCACUCUUGGAAGGAGGGCAUCCGGAGGACCAAAUGGUUUUCACAUUCGCCAAUGCGGAUCAGUGUGUCCUAACUCGCCAGAUGUUGAAUGGGCUCGCGUCUUGGGUGGAGCUUGCUAGGUUUUGCUCUGUAACAUUUGAAGGGACCCGCCCCACACAAAUUGUCGGAGCAGUCCAGGUCCAAAUAGUGAUGCCGGAAAGCUUGAAGACAGCUUUCAUGAAGACACAUCACGGUGUUGAUCCUCAACACAUUUUUUCUACGGAGCCGCUCGCCCACGUCAUCAACAAUCUAUUAGCAAGCCAGCCACCUGGCGUGACCUUAGAAACUAUUCUGGAAAUGACAGACGGCUCACAGUUAAACUUCUCAAUGGUCCCAAACGGGUGGCAGCACUUGCCUGCUCCACAAAUACCGGGUCUAGGUCGCAUCAUCAUUAAGGCAAUCGCGAAGCCUGCGGGACACUAUGCCGAAACGAACGCUGGAACACUCUCCGACCUGCUAGGUCAAUUGAAUAUCGGCGGCAGCACUCCGUUCUCCCAGUUCGUCACGAAGAUAACUGGGGACGUUGAAGGCCCAACGGGAUUUAAGAUUCCUUCCACCGACAUUCGCAUCGGAGGCCCAACACCUCCAGGAGCUGUUAAGCCUCAUUUUGAGCUUGAGAUGUUUAGCCCAGAAACUCUCGGGAGCGAUGGAUAUCCUGUUAACUUUGGAACCAGAGUGCCAGUAGCCCAUGGGGCGAUUCCGGAAACGAUGCCGGUGGAAAACGUUAUUAAAAUGCUGCAUAAUCCAUAUAUUACAAUUCACCAAAAGACCAAGCCCGAAUAUAAGAUUACUGCAAUGGCGGGUACAGCCGUGCCCUUCACAAGCAAACCAGAACGUUUGGAUGCUUCUUUCACUGAAGUUGUUAGGUGGUUUACGAACACAUUGGGUAUUGAUGACCCAUCUUCCAUUCAUAUCACUGUCGUGAUAGACGGCAUUGCCUACAGAGCCCUCCUGAGUGCUGCACAGCUUUUGGGGCAUACCGUCGGCAGUAUUUUGGGACUUGGCGGUGCUGUUGACCUCGAGGAUUCUCACGAGAUUGUCUUAAUUAACUUUGUAGUGAAUGGAGAAGUUUACGACGAGAAGCCAGGCUCUCCAGUAGACUUCGCAAAGCUUUUGAAUAUCCAAGUGCCAGGAAAAGGACAAGCACCUACGGACUACAAGUUUAACAUUACUGGACCUGGCGGUGAAUCUGUCCAGCAGUUGAUCCCUUCUGACUUUAUCCGUCUAUUACAAGAAAUUGCAGAAAUGCAUGGAGCUCCCGGUCUCUCAUUGGUUCUGUCCUUUCUUCACUCGUUAAAGCAAGUUAGCAAUGUCGCUCCGGGGCAAACAAUUCAAAUUGAUACGCAGGCAAUCGGGUCGAAAACAUUUAAGGUAAUUGCAGUACACCGCAUGCACAGCAGUGCGCACCCUAACGCAGCUAUCGACGCUCUCCUUAAUACGCCUGCUGGGUCGGUUCCCGACGGAUCGUAUCUCGUCGUAUUUACCGGUGCCGGGCCCACCGCUAGAAAAGUAACAGUACCUAUUACUCCUCUCGACAGAGACAAGACAAUAGAGAAACUAAUGGCUCACCUGAAUAUUGCUCUAAACUCGAUCUCUGACAUCAAAGUUGAAUCAAAAGUGGAAGAUGGUUCUGUAGAUGUCGGCAUCUUAGGCCAAAAAGUAAAGCUACCCCUGCGAUUUAUCAGCUCGACUGAUAAGGACAGUGUCAACGACCUUCUCAAAAGAAUGGGGCAACGAUUGGGAAGUAUGCUGCAGGCUGCCAAUCUUCCAGAUCAGCGUAUAGUACUGCGCACACUUUUUACAAAGCGAGAUGGGACUCAGUUCUCCGUUGAGACACCGCUGGGCACUUCAGAAAAUGCCCGGCAGACUCUGUCAAAUGUCACCUUAUGGCAGCUGGUUCCGGAAGAGGCCCAGCAUGCACAGAUAAAGCAUAUUUCAAUGAGCGUGCAAGUCGUUGGCACACCCCAGAGUGUUCAAGAGGUCGGGUCGUCAUCCCCGUCGGGGUAUCCAGCAGGUGUCAUGCUCCCAACACAGCAAACUUGGGGAACUCUUUCUGGGCAGCCUGCGUCCACCGUGCCCGGUUUCUUUAUUCAAGGCCCCGGAGAGAAACGCGCCAAUAUAGCUGAUGUUGGGGAGCAAUUGGUGCGGGUAUUCCUCCGCAAAAAUGUUCCGCCGACGGGUGUGUGGAGCCGCAUAUUCUGGGGGGCUCAAACGCCUACAGGCUGCAUUCCAAAAGUAGAAUUUCCAUACUACAUGGUCAUGGGCUCAAAGCUUGCUGACAUUCCGGUCCCUAAAGGCAGAGACUGCAUGGUUGUAGUACAGCUGGACCAAAAGUUUGGGGAAAUGAUACCGAACGUCCAGCCAAAAGACUUUGAAGUUGAAUAUCUUUACCAUGAGCCCCCAGUGCAACUGGCCACUUCAGAAGGCAGAAAGCUCCUUCAUUCGCAUAGCAUGGAAAUUGAUGCCGUCAAAAGGCCUAUUCGGGGACUGGUCGAAAAGGCCAUCGGAUUCGAUGCUGUUUCAAGUAUGCAAUCAUGUCUCAUCACCAAUCCGCACGUGCCGUUUUCUUGCGACGACCCCCUUCCGCUUGAUCCAGAGCGAGACACCCUGGAAAGCCUGAUAAGGAGCUCUCGCUAUCUGCUUGUCACAACGAAGAGUCAACCUGUGGAACAAGCUACGUCCUUCGUACAGAAAAGCCCGUUCCUCUCACGCAUUAAUCGUGUUCAGGAUUUGAGGCAAAGCUCGCACUGA